AUAUGGUGGGGUUAUGAUUGGUCGUGUACUCGUGACUGGUGAUGAUGAUUAACAUUUUUGAAGAAGGUUGAAUUUUAAAAAAAAUAUUUGAAUUUAAAUUGAUUAAGAUUUUGUGUUGAUGACAACUAAUAUUGAUGAUAAUAAAUGAACAAUUCAGUUGGUAUAUUUACAAAAAAAUUAUUUUAUGGCGAGACGAGCUGGUGAUGGGUCGAUAUGUUUGAUGGCACUUGUAUUUUAAAUUAUUUCCAGCAACAGGAAUCGUAAUUGUUAUUAGCGUUGUUUUAAUGCAGGUUAAAGGAGUGUUGGUGUCUGGAUGUUGAUGUUGAUGUUGCCGUUGACGUAAUGCUUGUGGAAAUUUAAAACGAAAAAACGUGUGUCAACAACAGGCGAUGAUAUGUAUCACGUUUUUAUCAGUGGAUACCGGCUGGUGGAGGCAGACCAUGGCAAAUCAUUUUAUGUUUAUACUAUUGAAGUGACGGAUACUGAUACUGCUGUUAAGUAUACCAUUGAGAGGAGAUAUAGUGCUUUCAAUGCAUUACAUAGACGGUUGAAAAAAAUAAAUGACACAAUAUCAUUUCCGCCUAAACGAGUACGUAAUUCACAGCCAAAAGUAUUAGAACUGAGAAGAGCUGCUUUAGAAAAUUAUAUUAUAAAAAUGUUACAUUUGUCUGAGACAAAACAACAGGUAUUAGAAUUUUUGGGAAUAGAGAGCUGUAAAAAUACUAGCAGGAUAACUCCUAAAAGUAACAGAGUGGAUAUAAAAAAAAAUUUUAAUGGAAGAGACUCACAAAGUGCAAUAGGACAUCACCCUGUGAUAACAUUUAAAUAUGACCCGUACAUAAAUCCUGAUAAUACUUCAAGUCUUCCUGAUAUUGUUAUACAAGGUGCGCUGGAUGGUAUCUACAAGUCUUAAAAUAAAUCAACUACUUGAUAUAUUAAUUAAUUGAUAACAAAUGAUACUGAAGUUAGCCGAUGUCUAAUAAUUGGAUUUUUUUUUAACAAUAAAUUAAAAAAAAAAAAUAUUUUUAAAAAUUGCACUCGUUUUUUAAACUUUCUACACGUGCAUAUUUUUAGUUUUUGGUUUUUUGCAUUUGAUUUGAUGAAAAAAAAAUCAAAAAAUUGUCUGCUAACUUCAGGAUCAUGAUAACAAAACUAAAAAAAAAAUAUCGCCAAAUUUUUAAGAAUACUUGUAUAAACUUG